UUAAAAGAAAUCUCCAUGUAUCCUACCAAUGUAAUAUUCUUACAGACAGACAAUAUGAUGGCUGUGGUUCAAACGGUACAGGCCGGAGUUUUCAGUAGACUACGCUCACAACUACCUUUAGUGGUGCAAUCCAGAACUGCGACAAGGCACAUUAUUUACGGUGUGGAGGAGGGGCACGAUACUAAGAACGAGGUUCGGAAAGAUCGCUGGAUUCGGAAAAGAAAAAGGAAAGCUUUGGGCGGAGUUUGGAGAGAAGAUCAGGGUUUGCCAUCUAAUAUUCACUCUGAAGGACCUUUAAUAGACGACAUGGACUGGUCCUUUGCUGACGGCCGACCCGGUGUUCCCAGUUUCCCCCAGAUAAAGCGAAUGUACAAGCAGAAGCAGUACGCUACUGAGAUCAAAGCUGCCCUGGACCUGGUGAAGAGCUACCAGGAGGCUAACACCAAACUCCAGCUAGAGAAGGAGGAGGAGGUUAAACAAUAUACAACCAGUAAACUUAAACAGAAAGGACAUCAACCUCUUUAGUUACAAAUUAUAUAUUUUAGUUUUUAUUUAUGUUGUUUCUCUCUUUACGUAAUAAAUUUUUGACCAAUCUUGGGAAA